AUGAGUUUACAAGAAUUAAAAGAAGUACCUAUUCAUAUUGGAAUAGAUUUAGGAACAACAUAUUCAUCUAUAGCUAUUUAUUCUGAAAAUGAGACAAACCCAAUAGAAGUACUUGAAAUAUCAAAUAAUGAAUUUUCAAUACCAUCAUGGGUGCAAUUAUUUAAAGGCGGUGAUGGAUUAAAAAAGUACAAUGUUGGUCUUAUUGCAAAGAAUAAUGGUGGUAUUUGUCUUCAUGACUCUAAAAGAUUAAUAGGAGAAACAGUUAAACAUUAUAAUGAACAAAAACACUUAUUACCAACUUUUACAUCAUUUGAAGUUUCAACCGACAAUAAUGAAAUAAAAAUGUGUGUUGAAGACCCUCUUGAUUCAUCAAAACAAGAAAGUUUUUAUCCAAUCGAAGUAUCAGCAAUGGUUCUUAGAACAUUAUAUAAUAUACUUAUUAAAAAAAUUGGAAAUAGAACAAUAGGAAAAGUAGUUAUUACUAUCCCUGUUUCUUUUACACCCAGACAAAAGAAAGAAACAAUUCAAGCUUGUAAAAUGGCAGGAUUUGAAGAUGUCUCAUUAUUGCAUGAACCAACAGCAUCAGUUAUAGAAUUUGAUAGAGAAUUUCAUUUAAAAGAUAAAUCUAAAAUUGUUGUAGUUGACUGUGGAGGAGGAACAACAGAUGUUGCCUGUUGUAUUUUCAACAAUUCAGAACAACAAGAAAAUAAUAAAAUUGGGAAAGUGAAAGAGUUUAUAUUAAAUAAAAUCAAAACAAUCUUGAAAACACAAAAAGAUUUUUUGACUCUUCUUGAACCAGAGAAAGGAACAGACACAGGUAAAAUAAAAAGAAAGAAGAAAUUAAUUUCUCAGAAUAUUGAAAAAAUAACGGUAGACUGUCUUAAAACAUUGGAAAAAAAUCAGUCAUUUAAGAUUAAUUUGUGGGAUAUAUAUCCAGAAUGGGAUAAUGAAAUAACAAUAACUCCUCAAAACAUUAACUUAGAAAUUAAAAAAGCAAACAACGAAUCAAAAAUAGAGUGUGUUUGGAAUGAAAGUGAUUUAAAUUUAGGUGGAAAUAAUUUUGAUGAUUCUCUCAUUAAAGUUAUUCUUGAUAAAAUAAAACAACAUAUUGGUGAUAUUAGUUUUCAAAGGUUGUUUAAUAUAAAAUCUUCUGAUACUAAAUCAAUUAAAAAGAUGAAAGAAAAAAGGAUGAAAAACAUUAGACUUAAGGCAGAAGAUAUUAAGAAGUCAUUAUCUGGAAAUACCAGUUAUUCAACGAUUGAAUUAGAUUCAUUUUGUGAAGAAAUUACUGGAGAUAUAGAAAUUACUAUUGAUGAAUUUAAUGAACAAUGUAAAAAAGAUAAAUUACUUGAAAGGAUUGAACGAUGUGUAAAAAGUGUUGUGGAUAGUGCAAAUUGGAAAAUUAAUGACGUGAAUUAUGUUCUGGCUAUUGGUGGAACAUGUUCUAUUCCACUUGUUAGAAACACAGUUUCUAAAAUAUUUGGAAAAGAUAAGGUUGUUGGACCUAGUUUUAACACAUACACAAGUGUUGUCAAAGGAGCUGCAUGUAGAGCACAUCAAUUAUCAAUAAAUAAAGAAGAGAGUAUCAAAGAAGUUAUGCCAUAUACACUUGGAUUUGGAUUAGUUAAUAAUGGGUUUAGUGUUUUUGCACCAAAAGGAAGAAAAUUACCAAUUACUUUUGAGGGUGAGUAUGUUAAUCCGUUUGACAAUCAAAGAAGCAUUAAUAAUCAGAUUUAUAAAGGAGAAGGUCAGAAAACAAAUGAAGAAGGAAUGGAACUUGUCACAGAAGUAACAAUAGAAGGACUUCCACCUGGAUUAAAAGCAGGAGAAUUUAAAAUGAUUUACCAAACAACAGUAAAUACAAGUGGUCUUGUUGAAGUUGAGAUAGUUAAAAAAGAGACAAGGAAGUAUCUUGAAAAAAUGAAAGCAUUUGUGAAUUUAGGAUUUGAUGAAGAUAUGUUAAAGAAGAUUCAACAGCAUCUUGAACCUUACAUCAAAAAUUCUGAAUAA